UAGUAACUUCCUCUCUUUUCUUUUAGUCGUCCAGAGAGACCCUCUGUCCUCCGUCACAAUUCCCCCCCAGAGCGGCUCCACGGGUCUCCUGUCGUCCAUUGGUCCCCGAACCGCGCGGAGGAAGUGGUCGGUGGUCUUUGUGGUGACCGCCGUCGCGAUGGUUCUGCUGGCUCUGGUCGUCGCUGUCCCCUUACUGCUGCUGCGCACCUCUGAGACCUCCGCUCAUUACUAUGAGAUGAUGGGCACCUGUCGGAUGGUUUGCGACCCGUACACCGCGAAACCGGGAGGCGCCACCGCCAUGGAGGUGAUCCAGAACGUGAACGGGGUCGCUCCGCAGCCGCCGAUGGCUCAAGGGAGCCGAGGGGAGCCGGGCCGACCGGGUAAACCUGGACCUAGGGGCCCGCCGGGAGAACCAGGACCCCCUGGUCCGAGGGGGCCAGCGGGAGAGCGCGGCGACGGGAAACUCGCCUUCCCCGCGAUAACCGGAGCUGCGGGGGCUGAGAACGGCGAAACGGACGGCGUGAACUCCACGAGCAACAGUCUGAGGAUCGCUUUUUACGUCGGUCUGAAGAAUCCGCACGAGGGAUAUGAGGUGUUAAAGUUUGACGACGUGAUUACAAACUUGGGGAACCACUACGACCCGAGCACCGGGAAGUUCACCUGCCAUGUGUCCGGGAUCUAUUUCUUCACCUACCAUGUGCUGAUGCGGGGCGGAGACGGGACCAGCAUGUGGGCCGACCUGUGCAAGAACGGACAGGUUCGGGCCAGCGCCAUAGCUCAGGAUGCAGACCAGAACUACGACUACGCCAGCAACAGCGCCGUGCUGCACUUGGACUCUGGGGACGAGAUCUACGUCAAACUGGACGGCGGCAAAGCCCACGGAGGCAACAACAACAAGUACAGCACCUUCUCCGGCUUCAUCUUAUACCCCGACUAAAGAGAGGCCGCAGCGGGUCAGCGUGGACAGUAACCAUCACUGAAAACUGUUUCCAUUAAAGUAUAUGGUCCCA